UCUUUCGUUACUACCAUAGACCAUGAACAUAUUAUAGUAGACAUUAACUUUCAGUUUUAUACCAUUUUUUUUUUUAAUUCAUUUUAAUUUUUCAUUAUUUUUUUUUAAAUUUAAUUUAUGUAUAAAUACAUAUAUAUUUUUGUUUGUAAAUAACAAUUAAACAUAAUUACUUCAUAAAUGUCGAACUCGCAAUCAGUAUUCAAUUUUUGUGAUGUUAAUUAUAAAACUUCUGACAAAAUGAUGACUUCAAAGAGGUAAAUUUGAAAUAUAAAACCGAUUUUAUAACAUUAUUGAUUUACUUAUUUGUUUUUAUUUUAUUUAAGUGAACUAAAAAAAUUGUCAGAAGAAAGUUUAACUAGACAACCUGAAGAAGUGUUUGACAUCAUCUGUAAACUUGGAGAAGGGUAAUUAUGAUUAUUAGGAUUAUUGAGAAGUACUUUGAUAUAAUUUUCUAUUUAUUUUUAGAUCAUAUGGCAGUGUAUAUAAAGCACUACACAAAGAAUCUGGUCAAGUACUUGCUAUUAAACAAGUGCCAGUUGACACUGAUCUUCAGGAAAUCAUAAAGGAAAUAUCUAUAAUGCAACAAUGUGAUAGCCCAUACGUAGUUAAAUAUUAUGGUUCAUAUUUCAAAAAUACUGAUUUAUGGGUAAACAUAAUAUUAAUAUUAAUUAAUGUUCAUUUUUUUUAAUUUUUUUUUUAUUGAUACCUAUAUUUAAUUAAAGAUUGUUAUGGAGUAUUGUGGUGCUGGAUCAGUAUCUGAUAUUAUGAGGUUAAGGAAAAAAACACUAUCUGAAGAUGAAAUAGCUACCAUAUUAUCAGAUACACUAAAGGGUCUGGAAUACUUACAUUUACGGAGAAAAAUACAUAGAGAUAUAAAAGCUGGAAAUAUAUUAUUAAACUCUGAAGGGCAUGCCAAACUAGCUGAUUUUGGAGUUGCAGGACAGUUAACUGUAAGAGUCUAAAGUUACAAAUAUCUUAUAAUAUAUUUUGUAUUACUAUUACUAUAAUUGAUUAGGAUACAAUGGCUAAGCGAAAUACUGUAAUAGGAACACCAUUCUGGAUGGCACCUGAAGUUAUACAAGAAAUAGGAUAUGAUUGUGUUGCCGAUAUGUGGAGCUUAGGUAAAUCUAUGUAAAAUAAAUCAAUAUUCCUAUAAUUUGAUCUAUUAUCUGUAUUAUAUUUUCAAUCUAAAAUGUUUAUAAUAUGUAAAUUCAAUUUUCAAAAGGUUUCUGUUGACUCUUAUAGUGUAGCAAGAAAUUUUUUGAUACAAACUAAUGUAAAUUUGAGAAUUUUUUUAUCACGUGCAUAUGAUGCAAACUAUUUACACCUGUUUCAUCCCCUCUCAUUUCCCCCCUCAAAAUAAUAAACGAACAGAUAAAUAAUAAUAAUAAUGAUUUAAUUAAUAACAAUUAAUUUUCAAAUUAAUUAUAAUGUCUGUGAUAUCGACAAUUCAAUAAAAUUAUCUAACAAAAUUAAUACUAUACUAAUAUUAAUAAGCGGGAAAUAAGAAGCAUAGAUAAUAAUUUAAAUAAUUGAUUAAUAUUUAACUGAUAUUAUCAUUAAUUUUGGACAAUGGUGGGAAUAUACUGAUUUCCAUCAUCGAAUAUCUAUGGCUGGGGUAAAUAAUCGGUAUCAAGUGUAUCAGUACACCACCUUGUACCAACAAAAUUUUUAUAGAUUACUGAUUAUUAUUUAUUUUUUUUUCUAUAUUAAAUAAGUAGUCAUUAAAUUAGUAUACAUUUUUUAACAAAAAAUUUUUAUAUUGUUUCAUUUAAAUUAUUUUAUAGUUCAAACAAUUUAUAAAAUAAAAUAAUGUUUAUCAUUAUAUAGUCAUAAAGAAUAAUUUAACACUGUAUGAUAUUGAUAAAACAAUAUUAUUUAUGGUGUAUAUGUAAUAGUUAGAUGUUCAUAUAUAUAUUAAAAUUGAAUCUAUUAUUUAGGGAUAACAGCAUUAGAAAUGGCUGAAGGCAAACCUCCAUAUGGAGAUAUACAUCCAAUGCGUGCCAUUUUCAUGAUACCUACUAAACCACCACCUUCAUUUCGGGAACCAGACAAAUGGUCUCCAGAAUUUAUUGAUUUUGUCAGUCAAUGUUUAAUAAAAAAUCCCGAAGAGCGGGCUACAGCUACAAAAAUGUUAGAACAUGAGUUUAUUGGUAAGAACUAGCAUAAGAUAAAUUAAUAAACUUUAAAAUAUGUUUUCCAAUUACUUAAUGUAGCUUUAUAAAAAGUCAACAGUGAUCAUCAUAAAUAAAGUAUUAAUUCAAUUUAAAAAUCACAAUUGACCUUUUUUAUUAGAUUUUGGAUUUUAUUGGUGUAUUUUUUGAUUUUUCAAUGAGUUUCCAAAUAAUAAUGAAAAACUAACAAAUAUUUAGGACGCUCUGUGGUGUUACAGAUAAUAUUAUUUUUAAUUUGUAUGCUUUAUAUUUUCUACCAGAAAACUUAUUUAAGAGGACGUCAUUCCCGCAUCUACUGUCUCAGUCCAACUACCAGGUAACAUGCAAAAACAAUGCUUACAUAGAAUAAGUAAAACUAGUUUAAUUUUGAUUUUAAAGUAAAAGUACCUGUUAUGAAAUUUAUAGAGAACAAUAUUUUGGAGGGAAUGUCAUAGGGUUUUUGUAUUAUUUAAAGAAUACAAUUCCAUAUAAAAGAUACAAAAACCUUUGUUUUUUUUUUUUUUUAAAUUAUCGUAACUUUUUUAAUAAUUCAAAAUUCAAAAAACACUCAUAGUAUUACCUCCAAAAUAUUUUUCUCUAUAAAUUUCAUAAUUAGUACUUUUACUCUUAAAUCAAAAUUAAGCUAGUUUUAUUUAUUCUGCGAAAGCAUUGUUUUUGUAUGUUACCUGGUAGUUGGACUGAGAUGGUGGAUGAGGGUAUAACAUCCACUUAAUCAAAAAUUAAAAGAGACCUUUUUUGUUGCAUUUUGUAUAUUGGUGUUGUUGAAAGAGUCAUUUUUUUUUUUUUUUGAUUUUCCAAACAGUUUUCAUAGUAAUUUGGAAAAACAAGACAUGGGUGUAAAAUGAAAACUGACAAAUUUACAGCGUCACGAUUUCAUAAUUUUAAAUUUUUACGCUUAUGUUUUCUACCUUAGAUUACGCUUGAAUCAAUAAAAGAUAAGAAACCUUUUUUUAUUUAAUUAAGAUCUAGUUGGUUAGUUUUUUUUUGAUUCUCUGUGAGUUUUCUAAAUAAUAAAGCAAAAUCACAAAAAAAAAAAAAAAAAAAUGUUUUUAUUAUUUUUAAUUUUAUAUUAAGAAAUGUAUAGGUUUUACUUUGAUAUAAAUUUUAAAUAUUUGUUUUUAUAUUUAUUUAUGUAUGUAUACAUAUAUACUGAGAACAACUUUCCAUUAAGAAUUCUUAUUCCAAUUUGUCACCUCUUCUAAAAAGCAAUUUUAUUUACUUUAGGAUGAUCAUUUUUUAAUUUUCCAAGGGAUUUUCAUAAUAACUGCGAAAAAAAACUGGAACAUUUUUGAAAAUAAUGUUUUUGUUAUUUUCAAUUCAACAUUUUGUCAUAAUUCAGUUAAAAAUAUUCUUAGAGAUUUGAAAUUUGGACAAAAAACUUAUAUUGCACUUUUCUGAACAUAAUAAAAUUUUCUAAAUAUCCUGAAAAUAUAUAUGAGCUUUAAUGGCAUUUUAAAUUUUCUAAUUUUUCAUUAGUUCUUUUAGUUAAUGUACUUUUGUAAGUAUUAUGUGGAUGCAAUUUUUUGACCAAACAUACAUGCAAUUUAACGCAAGAUUCAUUAUAAUUUGUGCUUAGUGGUAAAAAUAAGUAGAAUGUUAUGUAGUAUUUUUUUUAGAUUUGGAACGGAACAAGACAUUUCAAAACAUGUAUAAUGGAACUUCGUUAAAAAUGGUUUAUCAACGCUUACAGAUAUAAAUUUAAAAAUCUUAUGUAUUUUACCUUCCUUACCUACUAUUCUCACCUACAAUUAUGGCGCACCUUUUGGCAGCAUUGGCUUUUUUAUUUUAGUUGUUAAGUGAUUAAUUAAUACAAUUAUAUUGUAUUCUAUAUAUUAUAUACAUUAUAUAUUAUGUAUUCUACCCUCACCCUAUAUACUAAUUGUAUCCAUUAGGUAUAGAAUGUAUAUUGAAAAUAAAGAAGAAAAAACAUCAUCACAGUUUUGUUUAUUUUUGUUUUUUUUAUAAUAUUUAAUCAGGUAACGCAAAACCACCUGAAAUAUUAAGUCAGAUGAUUGCUGAAGCAAGAGAAAUUCGAGAAAAUCAAACUUUCCGUUCGAACACUUUGUCGUGUAUAGUAACAUCUGCUGAACCAAAAAAUCAAAAUUCUAAAGUAAAGUAACCUAAAAUAAUUAAAUUGUACAUUUUAUAAAUUUAAUUGAUAUAUUUUAUAAAUUAUUUGUUUACUUAGGGAGAUGACGUUGAUAGUCGUACAAUGAUAGUAGAUGAUAGUACUCUUGUACCAGAUAAAUCUAAAGGAACAAGUUUAAAAAGCAAUUCAUUAGUAGAAGAAUUACGUACGAUGGUAAUUAAUAGUGACGGAGAAGAUGAUUCUACUAUGAAAAGUUUGUGGAAUAGAUAAUUGAAGAUAAUUGGAACAAGUUAAUUGGUUUUUAAUUUAUGGUUUUUCAGGACAUGAUACAGGACCAGAAGAAUCGGGUAAAAAGUAUAGACCAUUAUUUUUAGACCAUUUUGAUAAGAAAAUCGCAGAAAAAUCAAAAGUAAUUAAAAAAUUCACUACUUUUAUAAACAUUUUUUUAAAUAGAUUUUCUAUUUUUGUUAUCAUUAUUUUUCAUUCUAAUUGGUAAUUUGUAAUUCAACUUUAUAUUAUUAUUUUAGAAUGAUAAAUAUGUUAUGGAAAACAAAUCAUUUAUUGAUAGACCUGAUUCUAAUCUAGAUGUUUCCCAAGUAUUAAUAUUUAUGAUUAUUAAUUCAAUGAUUUAUAUAUUUAAACACCCAUGUUUAAACAGUUUUAUAUGUUAAGGUUGAUGAAUGUGAAAAAACUAUAACUUCACAUCAAUUUCCUAUGCCACAAAUAAACUGUAGACCUGAUGGAAAUGUUCCUGUAACACCACACCAAAAUCGAUAUUAUUCACCAAUUGUAGAAGGGGAUUUUGAAUUUGUAAGUUUUAUACUAUGUGUUUAAUAAAAUAUUAGAUAUUUCAUGCUGUUAUAAUUUUUCACAAUACGUUAUUUUUUUCAUUCUAAUCAUCAUUAUAUAAAUGCAUUAUUUACAUUAUUUUUUAAUAUUAAUGUAUAAAUGACUAUAAAUGCCAAUUUUGAUAGUAGAAAUUCAUCAUAAUUAGCUUAAUCUAUAUAUAAUGUAUUUUAAUUAUCUUAAAAUUGUGAGCGCCAUUCUGAAUUAUUAAUUUAUUAUCUAUUAUUAAAUAAACUAACUAUUUCGUCUUACAUUUUUACGACAUAAUUUAAAUUAAUUAUUUCAAGAGGAGUAUUUAUGGGGAGGUUCCCCCUUCUCUUAGAAGCGCGCAACUUAUAUAAUAGUGGACCUAAUAUAAUUUAGACAGACAUCUUAAUAAUUGUUUUUAAUGAAUUUAAAAAAAGGUGUAAAUACACCACUGACUAUUUCAAACAUUUUUAUGAACUCUAAAUAUCAUGAUUAUUUUAUACUAUAAAUGUUUAAAUUACUUAGAGAAAUCAAAUAUCCAACACACUAUAGUUGAGUGUGAUAUUUUAUUCUUACAUGUACCAUAAUAUAAUUCAAAAUGUAUGUUAUUUAGUUAAAGUUUUUAAGUUUUGAUGACUUACAACAACGAAUGUCAAAUUUGGAUUCUGAAAUGGAACGAGAAAUUGAUGAACUACGACGUCGAUAUCAAACAAAACGCCAACCGAUAUUAGAUGCAAUGGAUCAAAAACGCAAACGGCAACAAAACUUUUGAGGCCUUUUAAAUCGAUAAAUCAUUAAUCAUUUGCAGUGUUACAAAUGAAUCAAUGGCCAACUCCAGUUUUUCCCUUAUUUAGGUGCUAUUUACAGUUAAUAUAUAAUAGUCUAUAACUAGUAGUGUUAUCAGCCUAAUUUCCCAAAAAUUUUAAAAAUUACACAAUUCAUAAAUUUAUGUUUAGAUUAAUAUUGUAUAUAAUAGCCUUAAAAAAUAUCCAAUUCAUUUAUUUAGUUUUAACUAACAUAGAUUAAAUUUGUUUUAAUAUCUGAAUUCAAGUGUUUAUAAGUUUGUUAGGUAAAUAAAUUGUAUGAAAUUCAAAUGAAAUUUUUUCUCAGAUAUUUGAGUACAUUUAAAAUAUCUUGAAUUUGGACACAUAAUAUAUUUUUCCAAGCUGAACUAAUAAUGUGAAAGUAUUAAUUUAGAUCCUUUUUUUCUGAAUAUUUAUUUAUUUAAAACCCGUAUAUUAUGAAAUCAAGAUUUAUUUUAAAGUAAAAAUUCUAUAUUUAUAUAAAACAAUUAUACUGAAUAAUUAAGUAAAUAAUUUAUAUUUAUAGGUUUAAUAAAUCUAACAAUAGCAUAAACUAAAUUUGUUUAUGAAUGAAGUUUGGUUGGCCAAUGAUUGUACUGUAAAUGAUUCAAGCCCAUAUAUUAUGUAAUUUACAAUCAAAAAUGUGAUUAGAUUAUAUAUUUUUUUAUUUUGUAUAGUGUUACUAAAAUUGAAAUAUGUGAAUAAAAUUCAGGACUCGAGCUAAUUCACUAUGAAGAUGACUGCACAAAUCAAAUUAAAUUAAGUAUAUAUUAAGAUAAUUUUUAAAUUGAGCAAUAUACAAUUUAUAGUUUUGUACUAACAAAAAUGGUCAAAAUGUAGACAGGACAGGGUGUGAAAAGUUGUAACCAUAAUUGAGAUUAAAAGACUGGUUAUUACUUAUUUUUGAUUUUACUAUUAAAUGGUUUGUAUUUUCAGUCUUUUCUUUAAAUGUAUAAUUAUUAUAUUGUAUAGGCACUAACUGUUAUUAUACUAGAGUAAAAAAAAUGAAGACUGCCUGGAAAUUGAAGUCAUUGGUUCUGUACAAUUUUUAUUAACUUUUAAAAAAACAAUUAGGUAAUAACCCUGGAUUAUUUCUAUUAAGAGAACGCCACACCAGUAGUCUAUCUUAAGAGUAACAUAGUAAAAUUCAGUUACCUGGAACUUUAAUUGUUAUGUUCAAGUUGAAAUAUGAAUUUAAUCACAUACAAAUAUUUAGGGAUGGAAAUAUUUUCAAGGGCUGUGCGUAGUUUUUUUAUAAAAAAAAUUCAUAUAAAACAGUUACAGUUAGAUCUUGUUUUUUUUUUUUUUUGUUUUUUUUAAUUAGCUGUAAUUUUUUUGUCUGACAACUGUUUACCAAAAUGCUAUGAAGAUUAGUGUGUGAUGCCCUCUUAAAACCAAACAUUUCUGGUCAAAAAACUUUUAUGUGUUUACUGUUGUUGUUUUAUGUUAAUGUGCUUUAAUAAUAAAUUAUAUUUUUCUUUUUUAAGUGAAUAUAGAAAUGAAAACUUGUUAUCAAGGUUGUAUUUUACAUUAAUAAUCAUAAGAAAAUAAAUAUUCAUUU